GGAUACUAUCAAUCCGUAGACCUCGAAUUAACGCGACAAUGCGUCAGCAAAUGUACGCACAACAACGCGUCCAUCACUCGCAACAACACUAUCACUGUCGCAACUUAAUAAUAUACCAAACCCAGCACACUAUGAUUACACACCCAGCACAAAAAAACUCCAAGUCCGCUGUUGUACAAAUAUCUCGCACUUGUCAACUCACACAAGUUCAAUUGUUACACCUGCGCACAGUGCAAUAAUGCAACAGAAAUCAGAGAAGGAAAUCGAGGACUACCGAUACUUUGACCCCAAACUACUGCGACAAGGCGACAUUGUGAAAACGAGAACAAUAUUCUCAGAAGCCAUUGUGUUCAUGGUGGGAGGGGGCAACUACGUUGAAUUCCACAAUCUCAAGGAGUAUCAGAAGAGGUCACAGACACCCAGCCACAUUACAUACGGAGCCACAACCCUGUUCUCUGCGGAAGACUUUUUGGUCGAGUUGAAUGCACUCGGCAGAGGGGGUCAGGCACUGGCAUGAGGGCCGAAACUGCCAAAUGCGUAUAAUAUUUGGACCGAACUCCCAAAGAAAUUGUAUCUAUCUAACAUAGGAUGAUUUAAAGGAUUAGGAUAUCACC